AAACAAAAAAGAAAGUUGUCUUACAUUAUUAAAUUAAAUGCUUGGCAUUUUCGAUCUAAUAUAUGUUCUUCACUAAGCUCCUUCUGUCUGUGUAUGAGUGAGAGAGAGAGAGAGAGUUAUCUAUGGCGGCUUCAUUAAUCUCUGCAGUUGCAAAACGGCUAGAGGGAAAAGUAGCCCUAGUCACAGGAGGUGCAAGUGGAAUUGGCGAAUGCACCGCCAAAGUCUUUGCCCAUCACGGAGCCAAAGUUGUGAUUGCAGACAUCCAAGACGAAUUAGGCCAUGCGGUGGCUCAAGCCCUAGGCCCAUCAAACUCCACCUACACCCACUGCGAUGUUACCGAUGAGGCCCAUAUUAAAAAUGCAGUAGACAAAGCAGUUGCUACCUAUGGCAAGCUUGACAUAAUGUUCAACAAUGCAGGCAUUGCUGAUGAGAACAAACCUCGAAUAAUCGACAAUGAAAAGGCCGAUUUCGAGCGCGUUCUUAGCAUUAAUGUGACUGGAGUUUUCCUCGGUAUUAAACACGCCGCCCGUGUCAUGAUUCCGGCACGUAGAGGCAGCAUUAUUUCCACGGCUAGUGUGAGCUCAAGUGUAGGUGCUACAGCCUCUCAUGCAUACUGUUGCUCAAAGCAUGCUGUUUUAGGGCUUACAAGAAAUGCAGCAGUUGAACUUGGGCAAUUUGGGAUCAGAGUGAAUUGCUUGUCCCCUUAUGGGUUUGCUACGCCUUUAGCCACAAAAUUUGCUGGGCUUGACGACGAGGGACUAGAGAAUGUGAUGAAUUCAGUUAGUAACUUGAAGGGUGUGACGCUUAAGGCAGAAGACGUUGCCAAUGCUGCACUAUAUCUAGCUAGUGAUGAGGGUAGAUAUGUUAGUGGGCAUAAUCUUUUUAUUGAUGGGGGAUUUACCAUUCAUAACCCAUCAUUCCACAUGUUCCAGUACCCAGAUUCUUAAUUUACCAUAGCUUAUUCUUCUUAUUGAAGAGAUGUACAACACUAUUUCAAUCUGCUGCCCUCUGGCUUUCAAGUUCUCCUUGAUAGAAAUAACACAUGGUAUUUUGAGAUUGGUUAUGUUA